UGUUUUACGUAGCAACGGUCCGGAAGAUGUCGCCGAGGCCAGUCCUAAAAAACUUCCGCCUUAAGUUGUAAAGAAAACACAGCAGCGGCUAACGGACGAACCCACGGAGUAACCCACGGAGUAACCGGCCCGUGCAGCAAGCCAGACCAAAGGCUCUUGUCACUCUGGAGCUUGUGCAGUUUUCAGAGUGUGUGUGAGUGUGAGUGGGCGAGUGAGUGGGUGGGUGUGUGUGUGAGAGUGUGUGUGUGUGUGCGUGUGUGUGUGUGAGCUGCAGUUUCCUCCUCACCUUUUCACCAAGAGCUGCUCCUCCCUGGAGGAUGACAAUGGAGGAGAUGAAGAAUGAAGCGGAGACAAACUCCAUGGUGUCCAUGACGCUGUACGCCGUGAUGUACCCAGUUUUCAAUGAGUUGGAGAGGAUCAACCUAUCAGCAGCUCAGACGCUCAGAGCAGCUUUCAUAAAGGCGGAGAGGGAGAACCCUGGCCUGACUCAGGACAUCAUAAUGAAGAUCUUGGAGAAAAAGAACGUCCAAAUCAACUUUACUGAAUCCCUACUGCGCAUGGCCGCCGAUGAUGUGGAAGAGUUCAUGAUUGACAGGCCUGAGCAGGAGUUCGCAGACCUAAAUGAGAAGGCCAGAGCUCUGAAACACAUCCUCAGCAAAAUCCCCGAUGAGAUCAAUGACAGAGUACGCUUCCUACAGACUAUCAAAGACAUAGCCAGCGCCAUAAAAGAGCUCCUGGACACAGUCAACAAUGUCAUUAAGAAAUAUCAGUACCAGAAUCGCAGAGCCCUGGAACACCAGAAAAAGGAGUUUGUGAAAUACUCCAAAAGUUUCAGCGACACCCUCAAAACAUACUUCAAAGACGGAAAGGCAUUAAAUGUCUUCAUCAGUGCAAACCGGCUCAUCCACCAAACCAACCUCAUACUGCAGACCUUUAAAACCGUGGCCUAGCCUCGAGAGACCGCGGAGUCCCUCCCCCCCCUCACACACCCCCUCCGCCCCGUCCUGUGGGGAGCAAACUGCGAGAACGGUGGAAGCUUGAAGAGCGCCUGACCCAUAUAUGUAAAUUAGAGAGAGUUGAUUUUUUAGGGUUGGGGGUCGAUUCCAUUGAAGUCGAUAUUCUAGAUUCCAGUUCAAGAGACUGAAAAGUGCCAUUUGUUUUUUCCAAUGAGGAUUUUCCAGUCUUGAAAUGGAACUGAAUGGGCCCAAAAUCUUUGGUUGAUUGAUUUUAUUUGGACAGUUUUAAUUUAUAACCCUGGUCUUGUUUGGGAGUAGGUGAGGCGAGGUGUUUAUUAAAGACUAAUUGCCAUUUUUCUAAUAUAUUCAUGUUGAUCAUUUUACUUUUAGCUUUUUCAAACAUGGCUGCACAUCUCAGACCGCAUUCAGUAGAGGUGUGUCUUAGUCGUCUUUACUGGUUUUCUCUUCUCGGCUCCUAUUUGUCAUUUUGCCAUGGUCUGUACGCGCAGGAUCUAGCUGCGAGGUGUUGGACAUUUUGAGAGGCAGACUCAGAUUUUGUUUCUCUUUAUUACCAGAAGACAGAAAGCCAAAUGACUUCCAGCACAGUGUGCGCCUUACCAAGUCCUGUAACAUUCCCUCCUCUCAGUGUAAUGAAGUGGAGCCAGUCCCUGCUGUUGAGGGACAGAGAGAGAAUUGAAAGUUCUGUAUUUAACUGAUACCUGGUUGCAAAUGUUCAAUAAAUAGUUUCCAAAUGA